UAGCUAUGCGCAGAUAUUAAUUAUGAUGCUCAUUCACUUUGCGAAAUAGAAUUACAAAAAACGGGGCCUUUGGAAAACCAGGCACAUUUCCACCAAUUACCAAAUGUGUAGAAAUUGUGAUUCGCAUUCUAACGUUGCAAAUCGAUUGUACGGAUUGAGCAUUAACGAGUAAGGAAUAAACUAGAAUACAUCCAGUAAAAACGCACUGGAUUUUUUUUUUGAAAAUUACGUUGUUUCUCGUGAACAGCAUCUGAGAGUUAAGUGCUUUUUAUUUCGGUAGCGUCGAUUCUAGUCCACCUUAGGGAAUACAUCAGCAUGCAUUUUCCUCGCAUAGAAAUGUAUGUGAGCGGUCGAUUACUUGUACAGAGUCGGAACAGGGGAGCGAGGACAUCGUCUAAGCGCGCGACUCCUUUUUUCUCACAUCGUCUUAGCCAUUUGGCGAUUGUAGGAGGACCAAAUGUGUCUGCUUGACAUUUGUUAGGUAUUAAAGGGAAGUAAAAACAAGUCUCCGGAGACCUCAACUCAGGGAAUGCUGCUGAAACAAACACGGGAUUCGGUGGCUGUGAUUUCAGCAUACGAGACGCCCCCAAGCCGAUGAGGUGGAAUAUCGGCAUUUCCCCCUCUUUGUUAUCGAAUUAACAAUUUUGGAGCGAGGCAGUCCUGUAGAUGCUUGUUUUUUUACAUUGUAGACUACAGCUCCGACCUGUCUCACUCGGGCGUUCAUUGGCGACUGGGUGUCAGGAGUUAGCGCGGCCUUGGAGUCUUGGCGGUUUAUGAAGAAAAUCUAUUGAUUGUGGAAUUGGUUUGUUUCAGAGGCGUUAGAUCCGCGUAGUUAUUCCAUCAUUUUCAGAGCCAACCAUCACCGGUUUAGGAAAAUAUUGGAUCAAAAUCUUAACAAAUAACGACAAAAUUAAGAAGAAUCCCGCGCCAUGGAGGAAGCUUGAUCAUACCAGUGUGUGUGUUUGUAUUGAUCUCGUCAAAAUUAAGUUAAACGCUUUCUGAAGGAACGGUUAAGACAAACAGAUGCCAAUGGACCUUAGUCACAGGAGUUUAUAGAAACUACUUGUCUGUGCAAAAAUGUGGGCUCUCGUACAAAAAUAACUUUCAUAUUAACUAUUCUAAUAUGUCAUCAUUGUCGCCAUUUUCUAAUACUGGGCUCGGGUACGGUAUGGGUAUAUACCGACCCAGGCGACCCAGCUAUACAUACGCGACCCAACCUUAUCGCCAACGGACGGAGAGUUACAGGUAUGCCCUUCGCAAGAGCACGGGCGAUGCCGAGCACACCGACUUUAUCGAAGGAAUGACCAUUAAAAGAGGUCGAAAGGAGAGUUACUUUCAAGCUACCCGGCGAGAUGAUGUUAAUGUUGAAAUGACUCCUGUGGAAAUCAAAGUGGACCCGCCAAAUUGCUCAGAAGAGGAACAGACGAGCGCAAAUAAUAGACACUCUAUGAACAAACUCCCUGACGAGCACAUUAAGGAAUUGAAAAGGGCGAUUCUCAGACGGUCAAGAAGUUUAGAAGGAGAGGGUCGUAUGAUACCCGAUAACUAUAUUGCCUCCUCAAGUGUGUCCAACGACCAGCUAAAUUUACCAGCCCACAAUCACAGUUUUAACAAACCCGAUACCACCGGAACGCCAAACUCAGAACUAAGUAGCAAUGUUCCUUCCAUCAUUCUGUUCACCUUCAAGAAGAAUCUCGUGUUUCUGUGCAUCAGCUUCAUCCUCUUGUUUUCAGUGUUUAGAGCAAUACAGAAUCUGCAGACUUCUAUAAAUGACCAGAAAUAUCUUGGAAUAACGGCCAUGUCAUGUAUCCAUGGUGCCAUGUUCUUCACCUGCCUGUGGGCUCCCACGUUUAUUAACAUAAUGUCUGCCAAAUGGGCAAUCGUCUUGGGGAUGUUUAGUUUCCUUACUUGGACCGGUGCCAACUUUUAUCCCAAAUUUUACACCCUUAUUCCCACGGCCCUUUUUUCAGGGUGGGGACAGGGUAUACUGUGGACGGCCGAGGCCUCCUACAUCCUUAAGUUAGCUUUUGAUUCGUCACGUGUCACAAAGGAAGCAAUUGACAAAGAGGUUUUCAGAUUUAAUGGAUUUUUCCUUGCUGGGUUUCAGACGACACAUAUUUGGGGUAAUUUGAUAUCAUCCAUCGUGAUAUCUUCUUCCUCGACAGACCAAAGAAGCGGUAUGCUUGGUGACCUGAAUGUCAACUGGAGUACCACGAGCCCACCGGAAACCACCGCCAUUAAUAAGUGCGGGGGUCUGUAUCCCUGUAGUCCUGUACCCGGGGGUGUCAUGCAAGUUUCAGAUGAAGACAAAUACCCGAUGCUAUGGAAGCUGAUGGGGGCCUACCUAACCAUUGGUUUCAUCGGCUUCUGUCUGAUUUUCUUCUGUUUGGACCGGAUAGGGGCACGAGUCUAUCCAGAAAAAACUGGUUUCCAGAUAUGUCUUCAACAUCUCGAUCUACUUGUGAGCCACAAAACGUUCCGUCUGCUCAUCCCUUUACUUAUAUUUAGCGGACUACAACAAGGUUUCGUCUAUGCCGACUUUAACAUGGCAUAUGUUACUUGCUCAUUGAAACUCCAGUUUGUCGGCUAUACUAUGAUAGUUAUGGGCGUUGCCAAUGUCUGCAUUGCAGUGCUGAUUGGUGUAGGGGCCAAUCACGUGCCACGGGAGGCGGUAUUUGGGGUGGGCGGAGUAACUCACAUUGGUGUGAUGAUAAUUAUACUCAUAUGGGUCCCGGACGAUAAUAUGCUGGUUCAUUUUAUUAUUGCCGCAGCCCUGGGUCUUUGCGACGCAGUGUGGCAAACACAGUGCAAUACUUUGAUUUGCAUCACUUGUCCUGAAGCAGUCGACAUUGCAUUCGCAAAUUACAGGAUGUUGCAAAGCCUGGGACUUUUCAUCUCCUUCGUCAGCGAUAGAUUUAUGUGUGUCUAUUCUAAACUGUACUUUCUUAUCAUAAUGCUCGUUGUUUCAACAAUGUUUUAUGUUCUAGCGGAAUAUCGAGUAAGACAAAUCGACAACGUUGUUGAUGACGUGUUCGAAGAACAAACCAGUGUCAACAGAUCACGUGACAAUUGAUAGUUGCCCUUAAGUUGAUAAUAUAAUGCGUGCGUAUGUAUGUAUAUGUCUAUCCAAUAUCUAAUCCGUAUUGUUAUGAUUCGUGCUUCCCUUUUGUGAUGUUAGUUGUUGGUAACAAUUUGUAAUAUCUGGAGUGUGAUUUCGUUUAAAAUGCGUUUGAAGCUUGAUGUUCAUGAGUGAGUUGUAUGAAAGUGUUGUGAAUUUAAAAUACAUUAUGUAAACAAUUGU